CUUAAAGAAAACCAUGAGCUCUAUUACAGCGAAACACAGGUAUCGCGUUUUAAAUAUUAUAAACAGACUCAGAACUAAAGAACCUCAAAAAAUAAGUUUUAAAGUAGCUCCAAUACUGGAAGAGCCAUUUGAAUUAGAAGGAGAAAUUUCUUUUCUUUGCGAUAAGUCAGUAACAUUUCGUCUUAAGGGUAGAGUCACGAAAAAAGACACUGGUAAAGUUAAUUAUAAAACGCUGUACUUUAAGUUGGAGUUAUCGAAUAAAUCAAUCGAAAGUCUGACCAGUCAGUUGGAAUGGCAGGAGUGUGAGCUAAAGACAAUUGUCUUUAAGUUAUCUAGACAAGAGCUGGAAGAUCUGCACGUGAUAUCUAAAAAUUCUCUUGAAACUAAUUGGAUAAUUACAACACAACGGACAAGCUACUCAGGAGAUUCUGAGAUUAAAUCGGACGAAAAAAAGAUAGAAGGCACCAAUAUUCCAGAGAUGGCUGAAGCAGCACCGUUAGCAAGAUCACAUGAAAGACAUCUGCUGUCCACUUUUUCCACUGAGGACGAGAAGAUAUACAUCUAUCGUAUACUAAACAUUAACAGAAGGUUCGAUACGAAAACGGUACAGAGUCUUCGUUUUCCUAUUAAUAGCGUUAAAAAUGAUUGGUGUGUACUGGAAGGGUGUGUUAGUUUUCCUGGUGACGACACGGUCGUCUUCAGCCUUGCUGGUAGCGUGACGAGACCUGACAGCCUCGAGUGCCAGACUAGCAGGAUGUGCUGCACCUUGGGGGUCUCAGACAAGGCGUUCUACGUCUUUAGCAGCCAGUUGGAAUGGCAGGGUGUUGAGCUGAAGAACAGUGCCAUAACUUUAUCCAGACAAGAGUUGAUUGAUCUUGACGUGGUGACAAAAGAUUCCGUUGAAACGAAGUGGAUCAUCACAAAUCAGCCUUCAACUCAAAAUGAAGAGUCAAAUGGAAGAGGGGUUCAGUUAGACAAACCAUUCAGUCUUAAGUCGUCAUUAAUCAGCACUCUGAGGUCAUCAUCAAGGAUAUAUCCGUUGUCAAAAAAAUUUGGAGCCCAGACACUGCACAUGUAUCGCAUACUGCAUACAGCUAGCAGAUUAGAAACAACAACACCUCAAACUAUCAGUUUCAAUCUUAAAACUGUGUGGGAUGGUCACUGUAAAUUUGAAGGAGGAAUACGCUUUCCAGGAAAUGACACAAUAGUGUUUAGUCUCAGUGGAAAAAUGCCGGCUAAAACAAGUGUAGAGGCAUUAAAAGACAAGUACUUCAGACUACAGCUAUCCGAAGAUGCCGUGCAUCAGUUCUCUAGUCCACUGAAGUGGCAGCUCAGCGAAGAUGGUUAUCAAAUAACAAUCACUCGCAUUACACUAUCAAAACAGGAGUUAUUGAACCUGAACAUUGUAAAACAAGAUUCAAUCAGUACCAGUUGGGAGAUAGUAGAUAAAAUACCAGACACACGUCAGUGUACAAAAACCAUAAACUGGCCAUCUCAAAAAAUGCAAGAAAGUUUGAAAUCCACAAGAAGUAUGUCGAAAAAUUUCUCCGCUCAAGAUUUUAUUCAGUUAUCCAAUAAUUUGAUCAAGACCGGAAACUUACGAAUAAAACCGAAGACAGAAAACGGCAAGUGGAAGCAUAGGUUCGUCGUCCUGUUGAGCGACUCCCUGUACAUCUACAACAGCGAGCUGUCCAAGGCACCGAACGAUACAAUCUUGCUGCGGGGCUACAAUAGAGUUCAGAGAGAGGAGUCGACAGUCCACGAGUGGUGCUUCUCCAUCCUGCCCGCCUCUAAAUCUCUCCGCGUCAUUACUUUCGCCUGCGUCAGUGAUCAAGAAAGAGGAGAAUGGAUUCGCGCCAUUCAAAAUCAAAUACGAGCCUGCAACAGUAUCGUGAGCGAAGAAAAUGCACAAUGUGAAACGAAACUACUUUCGCCUUCAGGAAAUGGGAAUGAGUGCAUCCACACUGAAUCAGACGUAUGUCAGACAGGAGGACUCUACCCAGGGGAGUCAUUUUUGAGAAAAACAGGAGAUGCUUACAAGCCCUCAUUGACGGAGGAGUAUCGAGCUAAACUUGGAGCAGCACGCAACACUCCGCCUCUAUGUAACAUGACCAACUUUUUACAGACAUGCUUGAAAUGUACAGAGAAUACAGCAAAAUCUAAUAAUACAUAUUUUACUCGUUCGUCUCACCGAACCACAUAUUAGGCUUCCCCUCCCAG